AAGUCUGUGGCCGUUUAUACUGAUGAUAUAGUCGAAAAACUGCUCUAUUCCUGCAUGGUAAGCUGGCGAAUUCUCCUUGACCUGUGCAUGCGGGACUAGGGUGAGCGCGAGUUUAGGUCAUGAUCGUUAAUGAGCAUUGAAUAUCAGCCCUACCUUGAGAACGUGGAAUCCAUGACGACCGUCUUCACCGCUUUGAACGCCACCCAUGGUAUAGUACGAUAGACCGAAAUGUCGUCCAAGAUGCGGGCGGCCAUUAAGGCACGUAGCAGAAAAGGCAGUCAAGUCACGUGAUUCUUCACAGUGAAGGGCUAAAUUUCACCAGCUUGGUUUCCGUGGAUCUUUGGACAAGUACAAUCAAUGCCUCGACAUUCAAAGAAUAACACAGCUUCCAGUGUUUUCACUUACCAUGAGGUUAACUCGCUGAAUUAUGGUACAAAGAAGCAACGUCUUGGACGUGAUUCAUUCAGAGCGUUCAAUGCUUGCUUUCUUUGUCUGCAAGUAGCGCGAGAUCCGGUGGCAUGUCAAAGUGGACAUCUGGCUUGUAAAGAAUGCUUGUACGAAAGUAUUUUGACGCAAAAGCAGGAGAUACAAAGGCAGCAAAGGUUGGCAGCACAAAGGCAAAAGGAGAACGACGAGCAGAAGGUCUUGGAGGAUGAGGAAGCCCAGCUUGCCAUACUUGCGAACUUUGAGAGGACGCAAACAAGUGUACUCCCUGAUGACCGGCGGCAUUCGAUAGCACAAUCCGCUGAAUCCACCAAUAAAUCCUCUCCUACGGGUUCAAGAGAAACUUCGAAGGAUCCAAAUACCCCUUCAGGAAGCUCACCAGCAAUAGAAUCGUCACCACAGCUUCAUGCAGGCACUAAACGAAAGUUCGAACUAAAUAAGGAAGAGCGACAGCGUGCCAUUGACAAAGAAAAGGAGGAAGCAUUGCGAAAGAUUAACGAAGCACGGUCCGAAGAGGCAAAACCCAAGCUACCGAGUUUCUGGCUGCCUUCGCUUACUCCAAACGCUGGAAAGAGUGAUGAGAAGGAUCGGCAGGAAAAGGAACAGGCAGUAUGCGUAGCUGGCGCACCACACCCAGUAACCAUUAAAUCAUUAAUUCCAGUUAAGUUUACAAAUGAGGAUGAGAAGUCCAAUCACCCAAUAUGUCCUGCUUGUAUGAAGGGCUUAAAUAAUGGCAUGAAGAUAUCCGUCUUCCGAAAGUGUGGGCAUGUUAUUUGUAACAAAUGCAUAGAUUCUUUUGUCAAAAAGAGCCAAGUCUGCUAUGUCUGUGAAAAGAAGUUCAAGGACAAGGACAUUAUAGAUAUCAGCGCAGAAGGCACUGGCUUCGCUAGCAAUAGUAAUCAGUUAGAAGCAAAGAGAUUUGGUCUUUCCUUUCAAUAACAUGCUACUGAGAUUGUCUUUGGAUGAGUUUAUCAUGAAUAUUAGCUCGGUAUUCGAUCCGUUUUGGACGCAGGAUGCAAUAAAAAGAGCAACGAAAGACAUGUUCCUACUGA